UUCGAAUUCGUCAACAGGAUGCGACUGCGGUUCCGACCAGUCGCCUAGAUAUGACGUAGGCGGAAGCGCCUCCGCCUUCGCGUCCUGCUGAGUCGCCCGCUCGCCAGCCCCGCGUGUGCAAACCAACCGAAACAGGAGCAGCGUUGGCAAAAGCUGUCACAGCGGCGGUGCUGAUCGAGAUUUCCCCCCAGCGGCGGUCUCCGCCAUGGGACCAGAGCGAGUUUUCCCACCUUGCGAGGACGACGACAAGAGUCCACGUGACGGAGAUGCGGUCGGGGGGGCGGCGUGGAGCGGGGGCGAGGAGGACCAGGAGGGGGAGGACGGGGGGGGCUACUCGUACCAGCCCCUCAGCCAGGACGGGGACGACUCCGGGGACGGGAGCCUUCAGCACAGGAUGGAGGCGAUGGGUCUGCACCUCCCCGAGGCCCCGUCCCCCGACAGCGACGACGAGGACCCCGAGGGGGCGGCGGCCGAGAGAAGCCGCGCCUCCAUCCCCAUGGAUGCCGCCCACGUGGAGCUGGUGAAGCGGACGAUGACGGCGGUGGCGCUGCCGUCGCCGGGCGUGCCCGCGUGGGCCCGAGAGAUCUCCGACGACCAGUGGCGGGACGUGGUCCGGCGCGCGCUGCGUGGCCGCGGCGAUGAAGGCGACGCCUGAACGGACGGCGGCGCGGCUCGACGGAGGUCCGAGAUCCGUCGCCGUCUUCUCUUCGACAUUAAAAACGUGCGCGUGAAAGGCGCCAGGCGUG